AUGAAGCUAGCAAAGCGGCCUGCGACAAAUCUGGGGGAUUUUAUUGUUUCAAUCGCUGCUUCUGCGCAGGGAAACGCAGCGCUCAAAAUGAUGAUGCUAACAGCUGGGGAAAAAGCCUGUGGAGCACAAGGAUUAGCGACUAGCUUCAAAACUUUUGUGACGGCCAGUGAAGCAGCUUAUUCCGGAACAGAGUAUGACGCGAACACAAUUCUCCCAAACGCUAAACGGGAUAUGGCGUUUGAGGCCUAA